AUGUCUGGGCCGUUUUCUGCACUUGUAAGCGACGCUAUUUCUGCAUUAGAAUUAAACCCCACUGAUUCUCGAACUGUCUCAAAAGUAGACAUCCAAAGAAUUGCAGAUUUAAUUGGAAAAGAAAUAAAUGACGAAGCAAUUGAAGACUGCUUGCAAUAUCUCUACUCUAAAAAAAGCAUUGGGUCUGGAUUUAAGUCUAAAUACUUAAUAAACUGGUUCGCAAAACACUACGGUGAAAUUUCCUCCUCACAAAGCCCAGUUUCUUAUCAGUUCCAAGACAGACAAUCCCAAGUCCACAAAUCAGUUACCAACCGAUCUCCAAAAGUGCCUCAAAACAACACAGGAAAUCCCGUUAAAGACGCUUGCAACAAUUUAAUCCAAUACCUUGAAAGCCUAGAAGACCCUGACUCUUCCUUUAUUGCUGAUGACCAAAAUAUAAAAAAGUUGAUAACAGAAUGCUUGACACAAUUUGAAAGAAAACCAAAGGCCAGGCAAGCUUUGCAAAAGGCUUAUGAGCUAGUAGAAGAAAAUUAUAGAAGUGAGCAAGCUAAAAAAGGAGAAGAAUUUUCAAACUUGUCAAAAAUAAGGCUGCAGACAACUAAAAAUAAUAGAGUUUCGAAGCUACAGAAGGAUGUUGAUUUUUUGAUGAAAAAUCAACCGAAUUCAAAUAUUGGGUCGGGGAUUUAUUUUUUGCUGAGCCCUGAUUGGAAUGCUAAACCGAAGCCUCCAACUUCGCUAUUGAGGCCAGCACAUAAUAAAAGGUUAAAAGAGCUUCUUCAGGAGCCAUAG